CUCUCUCUCUCUCUCUCUCUAAAACCAGAUGCUGAAACUCUCUCUCUCUCUCCAAGUAGAAAACUGCACAGUUCAGAACCACUCUCUCUCUCUCUCUCUAAACCAAAUACAAAAACAAUCGCUCUCUUUCACAGUUCAGAACCAGGCAGGAAAACCUCCCUCUCUCUUUAGCGAUCAAUAGUAAAGAGCUUUUGGAUCGAAAAUUUUUGUUUGAAAUCUGAAGGAAUAGAGGGAGAAAGGGGGAGUCGUCGAAGAUGCAGUCGGGUUAUGGUGUCCCAGAGAUGCAGCAAUUCAUGGUGGAUGGGUGCUCCCUCUUCUCCAUUGCUCCAACUCAUGACCAACAUCCUCUCAACCCCAAGCAGCAGCAGCAGCAGCAAAGGUUUAGUAGCCACCUCCAAUUCUUUCAUCAUCAACAACAGCAGCAGCUGGUCGUGGAUCCCAACCCUAGUGGCGCCGCCCAUGCCUCCGAUCGCUGCUCAGUCAUUGACAUCAGAGGCCCAGUCUGGAAGCUAGGGGAUCCAACGUACUCAAGAAACCCCACCACUGCAUCCAAAGAAGACAUCUCCACCCCCAAAUUCUUCGAAAAAAAACUCUCUGAAGCACCAGACUCCAAAACCACCACCACCACCAUCACCAGUUACAGGCUCUUUGGAGAGCUCGAAGCCAUCUACACAGGAAGCUCUCUCCCCCGAAACUCCGCUCUGGACCUCCAAACAGCCUCGAGCUCAGCCCUAACCAACGACAACCACACGAUCCCACCGGAGGGGCAUGCUUUUCAGGCCUCGGAAAAACGACCCUCCGAGGCGGAAGUGAUUCCGGUAUCGAAGACCCUGCCUAGGAGGAACAAGAAGAAUAAGGAACUUGUGUCUGCAUUGUCCACUUUCUUCGAGAGGUUGGUGCGGCAGGUAAUGGAGCACCAAGAGAUCCUCCACGCAAAGUUUGUGGAGGUGCUGGAAAAGCGGGAUCGCGAGCGGCAGGAGCUCGAGGAUGCGUGGCGGAGCCGUGAGGCGGAGAGACUGGGGCAAGAGGCUGCGGCCCGUACACGCGAGCGCACGCUGGCAUCUGUGAGAGAAGCAGCCAUUUUAUCUUUCCUGGAGAAGCUAACGGGACAGGCCCCCACAGUGCCCCUUGCAGAUGGCUCAGGAGGGGGAGGAGGAACAGAGAUGACUUUAUCAAGGAGGUGGCCACGGGCCGAGGUUCAGGCACUAAUACGGGUUCGAACCCGGCUCGAGUUCAAGUUUAGGGAACCUGGAGGGAAGGGUGCGCUCUGGGAGGACGUGAGUGCAACCAUGGCUGGACUCGGGUACAGCAGAAGCGCAAAGAGGUGCAAGGAGAAGUGGGAGAAUAUCAACAAAUACUUUCGGAAGACGAAGGGUAAUGCUCGGAAAAGGCCUCUGCAUUCAAAAACAUGUCCUUAUUUUCACCAGCUUGAUAUGCUCUAUGGAAAGGUAAAGGGAAAGGGAGGUCGAGAGAGGCACGACGAAGAGGAGGACCGUGGUUCCGACCUACUGGAGGCAAUGGUGCGGCCUGAUCUGACCCUCAGCACACAUGAAGGGAAAUAUAAGGGGCUUAGGUUGGAUAAUUUCAGAUCUGAUGGAAUGGAUAUUGCAGAGAGCCCUUCCAAACAGAAGACCACCACGGUCGAGGAAGACGAAGAAAAUCCAGAAGACGAAGAUGACGACGACGACUACGACGAUGGCGAUGAGAAUAAUGAAGAAGAGGAUGAGGAAGAGGGAGAAAAAGAGAUGAGAUACGAGAAGAGAUUAGAAUGUGUAGGGGAAGGAGAAGAGAAGGGGCACUCACUAAUGGAUUUGGUUCAUAAACUUGCAGGAAGUACAAGUACAGGUGCAAUGGCAGAUGAUUUCUCAGGAUUAUGAAUAUUUGUUGUUUAAUGGUUCACAGAGUAUAUUAUCUUCUCAGUGCCUCGCUUUUCAAGUAAAUGUAGUUCUCUCUGUUGAGUUUACAUGUUCUCAGUUAUACAUAAAAAAAAUAAGGCAUCACUUGUACAGCGUCUGAUGCGUGUUUGAUAAGAGAAAAAUUUGCAUCUUUCCUA